AUGAAGACGGAUCCGACGAUCGUCGCCGGCGCCGGGCUGCUCGACGCGAACGCGCUCAUGGCGGAGAACGCGGAGAGGAUCGCGCGGGCGACGGAGCCGCCGAAGACGGCGGAGUUUAUGAACACGUCGCUCCCGCCCGGGUACGCGGAGCCGACAGAGAAUAAGUUGGUCCGAGACCGGACGUACUUCGCCGAGCGGCCGCCGAAAAAGUUCGAGCCGCGGUCGAUACCGGGCGGACCGCCGGUCACGGAGGAGGAGUUCAAGGCGAAGAUCGACGCCGCGAGCGAGCGGCGGCGGCGGCAGGCGAAGAAGAUGACCCCGGGGCAGCUCGAUCUCGAGAAUAAGGUUCUAGACGCGUUCGAAUCGUUCUAUACACUAGUUCUAGACGCGAUGCGGAGGAGGAUGGAUUAUCUCCGGAACCCGCGGCAUCCGGAGCCGAAAUUUGAUUACCUGCGGAACAAGCUCAGACCGGAGGAGGGCGACGCCGCGCUCGCGGCGGUCAGACCGGAGCCCACAAACCCGUCGGACGUCUUCGUCGUCGAGCCCGCGAUCGUGGAGUUCAACGACUUUGACAUCGGCGCCGUGUACGAAGUCCAAGUCUCGAUCCGAAACAAGACGAACAUCUCGCGUCGGCUGCGGCUGCUCCCGCCGCCGUCGUCGUACUUCAGCGUCACCGAGCUCGUGUUCCCGCAUCAGCACGGGAUGCUCGCGCCGGGGCUGAAGUGUAACUUCACGGUGAGGUUCUCCCCGGAUUCGCUCGCGGAUUACGAAGACGCGCUCACCGUGCUCGCGGAGUCUUUCAAGUUUACCGUCGAGCUCGCCGCGCGAAGGCACCCGCCGUGCUUGACGCUCGACGCCACGAUCGACGUCGGGCACGUCUUGGUCGGCAACGACGUCGAGGUGAGGCUGCCGUUCAAGAACGUCGGCGGCGCCGGGCGCUUUCGCCUCGUCGCGGAGGAGGACUGGCCGGACCGCGCGACGCCGCUCGUCCACGCGCCGGACGACGUCUACAUGGACGACGGCGAGGAGUACGACGACCCGCCGAUCGACUGCAUCGAGGUGCAUCCCUUCCGCGUCGGCCCCGCGGCUUUGGACAUGAAACCGCUGGACGUCGAGCGUUUGAGGGUGGGGUUCCGACCGCCGGACGGCGGCGACUUCCUUCACGAGUUUAGGAUGAUUUGCGAUAACUGCCAGGUCAAGUCGUUCACGAUCGUCGGGAGAGGGACGAUCUUAGACGUCGCCGUCACGGAGCUCGACGGGCGCGACGUCAUCGAAGGCGAGCUUAGCCGACCGGUGUGGUUCGGCGACGCGGUCCCGGGAAUAUUCCUCACGAGGGAGAUCACGGUGCGAAACGCGACGACGGUGCCGAUUCCGUUCAACUGGAACCAUCCGAAGGAGGAGGGCGUCUUCGUCAUCGAGCCGACGCUCGGCGUCUUCCCGCCGUCCUCCGAGAUGAAGUUCACCGUCACGUUCACGCCCGCGGACGUGGAGUACUACGAGCGCGACGUCACGCUGAUGGUGGACACGUCCUACCCGGCGCGGAUGCCCGAGCCCGGGUGGCCGUUCGAAGCCGCCGUCGCCGUCGAGUCGUUCAAACUCGCCGGCGUCGGCGCGGCGAAGGACGUGUCGCUGGACACGAACCUCGUCAACUUCGCCGGGUCGCUGCUGCCGACGAAGACGUACGACCGCGAGGUCACGGUCACGAACAACAGCGCCGCGGCGGUCGAGUUCACCUGGGCCGGGCACGACGACGAGUGCUUGAUAUACCCAGACUACGGCGCGCUCGAGCCCAACGGCGGGAAACUCGUGUGCGUGGUGAAGCUCACCGCGCCGGAGGUUUCUCGCGUCGAUCGCACGCUGCUGUGCAGCGUGCAGCACGGCCCCACGCUGCCGCUGCGCGUGCAAGCGGACGUCGAGGGCGCGGAGGUGGUCAUCGCGCAGCGCGAGAUUGACUUUGGGCUCCUCCAGCGCGAUAUCCCCGGGGACACGUACGUGCUCCUUCGAAACACGUCCUCCGUCGUCGCGUACUGGACGCUGGAAGAACGCCGCGGCGACGGCUUGGCGUGCGAGAUGCGCUUCAGCGUCACGGACGGGAUGCUUCCGCCGUACAGCGAGGUCGAGGUCGAGUGCACGCUCGCGGCGUCGGAGGCGGGCGCGUACCGGUCUACGGUGGUUUGCGUCACGGACCACGGCGCGACGAGCGCGGUGGGCGCGCGCGCCGACGUGUUGCGACCGCGCGCGACGUUAUCCGAGGUGGAGAUUGACCUCGGCGUCGUCUACCUCGGCGUGCAAGUCGAGCGCGAGGUGACGAUACAGAACAUGACUAUGCUUCCGGCGGUGUUUCGGUGGAGCGAGGAGAUCAUGUGCGAGGGGCCGUCGGACGACGCGGAGGGAGCGAUGGACUACGAGGUGGACUGGCCCGCGGAUGAGAUUCCUCCGGGGGGCGCGAAGACGGUGCGCGUCGUGUUCACGCCGAUGUCCGCGUGCGCGGAUUACAGCGCUCUGUUCGUGUGCGACGUCGACGGCGCGGAGAAACCGAUCGGGUUCGCGCUCGCCGCGGACGUCCGCGGUCUUUCCGUGGAGUACGACGUCUUAAAGCGCGGCGUGGUCGUCGCCGGCGACGGCGAAAAGGUGGCGGCGACGUCCAUCAUGCGCGACCAGGUCGUCGUCGACUUUGGCGACCAGUGCGUCGUCCGCGAGCACUCCACGAUGGAGGUGUGCAUUCGAAACGACACCGCGAUGGAGGCGAACGUUAUCUUCGCGUGCGAUCGCUACGGCGUCAACGACGCGACCGCGCUGAACGUCCUCGAGGCGAAAGCCGCGGCGACGGCGGGCGACUCGGAAGGGUUCGCCAAGGGCGGCGUCGCGCGCGCGGGGACGAGGACCGUCGGCGGCCUCGCCGGCGGCAGCGGCAUGCUCGCGCACGCGAUGGCGAGGACGACGGUCACCGCGGAGACGAAGUUCUCGACGACCGUGUUCGGCGCGGCGUCCACCGCGGGGCCGGACGCGUCGCACGCGGCGUUGCGGAAGCGCGAUCCGAUUCCGGGGUCGACCUUUGACGCCAAGGAAAAUCGCGGCGGGCACGGUAUCGGUUUCGGUCGGUUACCGAACGGCGCGGGGGCGGCCACGGGGAAGAAGGAUUCGUUCGGGACGUCGCGCGUCUUGUUCGCGUCCGCGUCCGCGACGAACCGCGAGAUGCGGCGGAGGAAAUCGAGGGACGGGGACGCGCUGUCGUCCUCGAUUCGUUCGAAUUACGAGUCGGAAAGCCGCGUCAGCAAGACGAGUCGGAAAGCCGCGCCGGUGGUGUCGGCGCGCGACCGGCCGGUGACGCUGACGUCGGCCCACGAGAGCGUCAAGUUCUCCCGCGGGCUCGGCGUGCAGAUGGACAACAACCGUCGCUCGGAAGCCGCGGACGCGGCCGCGCUCGCGACCGGCGACGGCGCCGCGUUCAUCGUGUUCCCGUCGCGAGGCGUCUUGCCCCCGUACGGCGAGUUUCGCGCGCGCGUCGUCGUCGUCUCCGACAUGCCCGGGGAGUACUUCGACGCGCUCCGGUGCGUUCUAUACACUGGUUCCCAUACGACCGCGUUCGCGUGGUGA